AGUGUUAAAAGAUGAAGCAUCUUCGGAGUUACCUGCAAUUUAUUUUUAUUUUUUUUAUGUUUUUCCCAGACAAUUUGGCUGUGUGAAUUGUGUUGAUGAUUGAGGUUAUGAUUUAGGAGAUUCUAGAAGUACCAGAAACAGACAAGGUUUUCAUAACUGUAAAAAGUUGUAUAGAUAGAAGUGGAGGGGAAAGAAAAGCAAUAAUAGAACAUAUCACAUGCACAUGACCUCCAUUCUUCUUCACUGGUUGCAUUUUUUAUUUUUGUUUUUUUUCCCAAGUUUUCUUUUUGUCAUCAUUGUGAUCUUCUCACUAUUGCUUCAGUGGAUUGCUGAAAUGCCCAUGCCGGUUACAGGCCUUGUCCUCCACAGUCGGUGUUUUGUGGUGGUAGCUCUGUGAUAUUUCACUCCAAAUUAUGGGGGAAUCAAUAGUGGGGGCUCUAAAAGACGAAAACAAGAUGGGGGAGUCGGCUGCUUCUGAUGAUGUUCUUGAAGUGUCAGUGUCGUUUGGUAGGUUUGAGAAUGAUUCAUCUCUAUCCUGGGAGAAAUGGUCUUCAUUCUCCCCGAACAAGUACUUGGAAGAAGUUGAGAAGUGUUCGACGCCUGGAUCUGUAGCUCAGAAAAAGGCUUACUUUGAAGCCCAUUACAAGAAGAUUGCUGCUCGGAAGGCUGAGUUACUGGAUCUGGAGAAGCAAAUGGGAACGGACCCCUUGGGAUCAGAUGAUCCUAAUUGUGGAGAUCAGAUCAGAAAUACUGAUGGGAAUAAUACUGAGUUUGAUGUAUCUAAUGGUCAGAGUUCUGCAGAAGGAGUUGACCAAGACACCAACUUGAUCAGUGUGGUGACUACCACCCAUGUGGAUGAGCCCAGUGAGUCAAAUGAGGGUGCUCCAAUCACCAUAGAAUGCCAAAGCUCAUCAGUUGAGGAGGCUGAAGAAGAGUUGGAUAGCAAACAAGGUACCCCCAAAUUGAAGGAUGGGGAAGAAACUGUUUCGAUAAAGGAAGAGGCUUCUCCAAUGGGGUCUCAGAAUGCAAUGGAACUUCCCCCAAGUUUGGACAAUGGGACAGGGAACACUCCAAGGAUUAAGAAGGAAAGACCAAAAUUGGAUCCACCAAAGGAAACUAAAAAGAUUACUUUGGCGAAUAAGGAGAGGAAAACAGCAUCAGUAAUGAAGAAAGCAGUAUCGCCUAUAGCCAAGUCGCCACAAAUUUCCAAACCUAGAGAUUCAAAGCCGACACCAACUUCCAAAAUGAUAUCUUCAUCACAGCCAUCAAUAAAGAAGGCAAAUGGAUCAUCUUUACCAAAGAGCAAGAAUCCUUCUGCAGGAGAAAUCAAGAAACCAUCUCCAAGGAGCAAGAUUCCCUCUGCAGGGGAAUGGAAGAAAGUAGCUCCUACUUCCCUGCACAUGUCCCUUAGUCUGGGUCCCCCACAUUCUGAUUCAGCAUCCUUAACAACGACCAGAAAAUCACUCAUUAUGGAGAAAAUGGGGGAUAAGGACAUUGUUAGACGAGCCUUUAAGACAUUUCAGAAUAGUUUCAACCAAUUGAAACCUUCUAGUGAAGUUAGAUCUUCUGUACCAAAGCAGGUGUCUGCAAAGAGCACAGAACCAAGGGUUUCCACUUCUAUAACUACACAAAGAGAUGAGGAAAGGCCGCUCAAAGCUGGUGUUGUGGAUCAAAAAAACACCAAGACUGCCCCAACUUUUGGCUUGAGAAGUAAUGAAAGAGCAGAGAAACGGAAAGAGUUUUUCAAAAAAUUGGAGGAAAAAUCUAAUGCUAAACAGACAGAGAAAACACGCCUUCAAUCAAAAUCAAAGGAGCAAAAGGAGGUAGAGAUCAAAAAGCUAAGACAGAGCCUUAAUUUCAAGGCAACACCUAUGCCAGGAUUUUAUCAGGGACAGAGGACAUCAAAAGGCAAUUUGAAUAAGGAGGUUGCCAAGCAUGGUUCAUCAUUGGCCUGAGUUUGACUGGUGAAUCAUGAACAUCCAGAUGCCAUCAUCGGCAUUCAACAUAAACAGCAAUGGUGGAAAGGGGAUAAAUAUAUAUACUUUGGAGGCAAAUGUGCAAAUGGAAAAGAUAAUUUCUUGUGGGCGAGGACCGAUCCCAUGGUAUUGUUGCUCAAGUGAUGGAUGAGUUAGAGAGGCAGUGUCUCUAAAAUGGGUACAACAGAUGAGGUUUAUGGUCAGUCUUGUUGGUUUGGUCAGUGGGAGAUUCAAGAGGCCAGGCCUAUGUACAUCAGAUAAUAGAUAGUACUCUCAUCAUCUUUGCUGCUGGUUAUCUUUUCCUCUCACUUCUACUUUUGGAGAGACAUGUAUUUAAAAAAUUUUUUUAAAAAAAAAAAAAAACAAUAAGGAAAAUGUUGUGUAGAAAAAAGUGUUUGUGUUGUUGACAAAUUCUCAGACUGUUUAAGGGCAUAGGAUUCUUGUUGGUGGCACCUUCCUUCUUAUAUCGUACUCUGUAGUUGUAUCAUGUAUAAGAGGUUAUGAUUUAUGCUUCCAGUCAAUUCUUGUAAUACUAGAUUAGAUCAUAUAUAUGUACAUUUCUGAAAAUCAUAAACUCAUAGUCAUGCAGUCUUAAUUGGAAAUCAAUGAAGUGUAGGAGAGUAUUAUAGUG